AUGAGAGAAAUGGGGCUGACCACUGCCAACUUUGCACUUAUCGGAGGUUGUCGCCGCUUGUUCAGGGAGGAAGACGAUGCUCAAGCUACUAAGAGAAUUAAAAGGCGACGAAGAUCUCUCUCGGGCUUUGAGCCGAUCUGCAAUGAUAAGCAGGGAGAUCAACAGCAGCCACAGGUCUUGCAAGUUGAUCAAUCCAACAUUACUACUACUACUCCUCCUACUACAACUGUGAAGAGAAGUUCGAGAUUUCGAGGAGUCAGCAGGCAUCGAUGGACAGGACGUUACGAAGCUCAUUUAUGGGACAAAGGGUCCUGGAAUCCAACACAGAAAAAGAAGGGAAAACAAGGAGCUUAUGAUGACGAAGAAUGUGCAGCAAGAUCCUAUGAUUUGGCUGCAAUCAAGUACUGGGGAGCAUCAACUUUCACAAAUUUCCCGGUUUCUGAUUACAAACAAGAGAUCGAGAUUAUGGAGAAUCUAACAAGAGAGGAAUAUUUGGCUUCAUUAAGAAGCUGUUUGGUACUUGAGAAAGUGAUGAGAGAAAUGGGGCUGACCACUGCCAACUUUGCACUUAUCGGAGGUUGUCGCCGCUUGUUCAGGGAGGAAGACGAUGCUCAAGCUACUAAGAGAAUUAAAAGGCGACGAAGAUCUCUCUCGGGCUUUGAGCCGAUCUGCAAUGAUAAGCAGGGAGAUCAACAGCAGCCACAGGUCUUGCAAGUUGAUCAAUCCAACAUUACUACUACUACUCCUCCUACUACAACUGUGAAGAGAAGUUCGAGAUUUCGAGGAGUCAGCAGGCAUCGAUGGACAGGACGUUAUGAAGCUCAUUUAUGGGACAAAGGGUCCUGGAAUCCAACACAGAAAAAGAAGGGAAAACAAGGAGCUUAUGAUGACGAAGAAUGUGCAGCAAGAUCCUAUGAUUUGGCUGCAAUCAAGUACUGGGGAGCAUCAACUUUCACAAAUUUCCCGGUUUCUGAUUACAAACAAGAGAUCGAGAUUAUGGAGAAUCUAACAAGAGAGGAAUAUUUGGCUUCAUUAAGAAGGAGGAGCAGUGGUUUCUCAAGAGGUGUCUCCAAGUACAGAGGGGUUGCAAGGCACCAUCACAAUGGUAGAUGGGAAGCUAGGAUAGGGAGGGUGUUUGGAAACAAGUAUCUCUACCUUGGCACUUACAGUACCCAAGAGGAGGCUGCUCGUGCUUACGAUAUUGCAGCAAUCGAGUACAGAGGGAUCAACGCGGUAACCAACUUUGACUUGAGCUCAUACAUAAGAUGGCUAAGGCCAGUUACCAACUCACUUCCCUCUCAGGGUCCAAUUCCAGGAUCAGACUCAGACUCUCAGCUUCUACAAACCACCUCUAACUUCAUUUAUUCAAAUGAUGACCCUGAUCAGUUCUCUUUCCACUCUAAUCAUUCUCCAACAAUGACACAAAUGGCCAUUCCUCUUCAAAAACAAGAAAUUAUUGAGAGAAAGAUACCCAUUAGUCCCAGCAACACAUCAUCUCCCCGAACGGCACUUGGCGUACUUCUCAGAUCUUCCAUGUUCAGAGAACUGGUGGAGAAGAAUUCUAAUGUUGCUGUUGAAGAAACUGAAGAAAAUGACACCAAGAACCAACAACAAAGUGCCAGAGACAAUGAGUUCAAAGAGAUAUAUUACAGGGGAAUUAACAGUAGUCCAUAUAUCUGUUCUUCCAGUGGUAUAUAA